GAUUGCGCGGGAAGCAGUUGAUUCUCUCGUUCCUUUUUCUUCUUUUGCCGUCACGCCACCCUUGUUUUCAUUUUCUGUGCAAUGUCCCAUUCCCACACAUAACCCAAAUGGGUAUUAAGGGUUUAACGAAGCUUUUAGCGGACAAUGCCCCAAAAUGCAUGAAGGAGAACAAAUUCGAGAGUUACUUUGGCCGCAAGAUCGCCAUUGACGCUAGCAUGAGCAUUUAUCAGUUCCUUAUUGUCGUGGGAAGAAGUGGAACGGAAAUGCUCACUAAUGAAGCUGGCGAAGUUACUAGUCAUUUGCAAGGUAUGUUUAAUCGGACAAUCAGACUUCUAGAAGCCGGGAUGAAGCCAGUAUAUGUUUUUGAUGGGAAGCCACCGGAUUUGAAGAAACAAGAGCUGGCAAAGCGUCUUUCAAAGAGAGCUGAGGCUACUGAUGAUUUGUCCCAAGCCAUAGAGGCUGCAAACAAGGAAGACAUUGAAAAAUUCAGUAAACGGACAGUGAAGGUGACAAAGCAACAUAAUGAGGAUUGCAAAAGACUUUUAAGACUCAUGGGAGUGCCUGUAGUUGAGGCACCCUCAGAAGCAGAGGCUCAGUGUGCUGCACUUUGCAAAGCUGGAAAGGUUUAUGCUGUGGCUUCUGAAGACAUGGAUUCCUUAACAUUUGGAGCUCCUAAAUUUCUUCGCCAUCUAAUGGAUCCAAGCUCAAAAAAAAUUCCAGUGAUGGAAUUUGAAGUUGCAAAGAUUUUGGAGGAGCUAAAUCUGACCAUGGACCAAUUUAUUGACUUAUGCAUUCUUUCUGGGUGUGAUUAUUGUGAUAGCAUUCGAGGGAUCGGAGGACAGACAGCUUUGAAACUCAUACGACAACAUGGCUCUAUUGAAAAUAUACUGGAGAACAUAAACAAAGAGAGGUACCAGAUACCAGAUGAUUGGCCAUAUCAGGAAGCUCGGCGGCUUUUUAAAGAACCGAUGGUCACAACUGAGGAAGAGGAACUUAAUCUAAAGUGGUCUGCUCCAGAUGAAGUGGGGUUACUCACAUUUCUGGUAAAUGAGAAUGGCUUCAACAGUGAUAGAGUGACAAAGGCAAUAGAAAAAAUUAAAGCAGCAAAGAACAAGUCAUCACAAGGCCGAUUGGAAUCAUUUUUUAAGCCAACAGCCAAUCCAUCUGUACCUAUCAAACGGAAGGAAACACCAGAGAAUAAUGCUAAAGAAGCCCACAAAAAGGCCAAGGGUGGUGGUGGUAGGAAGAAGAAAUAGUUGGCUGUGUCUUGACCAGGUUAGAGUACCGGAUGUCUGUGACCAUGCCUCUAGAAUUCUCUGGUUCAUUGAAGCUUGCAUCAAGGAGGAUGGAUUCUCAAUAUUGAUGCGCACUCUUCCAAAUUGUAAAAUAUUUAUGUGAUGUUUGACUAAUGUACGCUAGCGUCCUGCAUCUCAUAAACAAGGACAAUUUAAGAUGCAGUACUUCAUUUGGUAGAUACUCUUAAUCCUUUAUUCUCGGGUUAAAUUUGACUAAUGGUUUCAUUUCCUGCCACCCCGCGUUGCUAUUUCACGGGCCUGUCUCUCUUCCGGCUACGCGCUAAAUUGUAGUUGCAAGUCGUUAGAAAUUUAGGUUU